AAUAUUCUCUUGCCGACUCUUCGAGACUGAGCACAAUUACAUUACUGGACUACUACUGAUGAGCAUUCUACUUGCAUGGAAGCACGGUCAUCCAGGAAAAAUGAAUAAAAACGAGGGAGUGGCGCUUUUGGCCAAGGCCGGGAUUCCUCCUGGAACACCACCCAGGACACACAAGACUUCGGACAAUGGGCUUAAGAAGAGUGACACCACUGAUUUCCCAGUGGCACCCAGCAAAAUUUCAUUUCCUGUGUUUUCCAAGCCUAUGGACUCCAACAUAAAGCCUAGUGACCACAGGCCAAGUGAGGAUAUUGAUUCUCCACAAACUGCAUCAGAUGUGUCAGAGUACCUGUUAAAUAAAUAUAAUAAUGGUGUUAACCCCUCAAGUCCAAAGAAAACGCCAAAAAGGCCACCUAAAAAUCUCCUGUUCAAAGCGGUCUCUGAAGGCGACAUAGAAUCAUUGAGCAGAUUGCUUGAAGAGGCCAAAGAGUGUGCUGACACAUAUACACCGAAGCAAGCUCAAGACUUCUACAUGAACAAGUUAACAUCAAAAGACACUGGAAAAACCUGUUUGAUGAAGGCGUUGCUGAACAUUAAUGACAAUACUUCUGAGAUUGUUUGUAUCCUGCUGUCAUUCGCUGAGGAGAAUGGAUUUUUAGAAAGACUUAUUAAUGCUGCAUAUACAGAAGAGAAUUAUAAAGGUCAAACAGCACUGAACAUAGCCAUUGAGAGACGUCAGAGUGACCUUGUCAAGUGCUUAAUAAGAAAAGGGGCUAAUCUAAAUGUAUGGGCACAAGGACGUUUCUUUAACCCAAAGAAUAAACACGAGGGAUUUUAUUUUGGUGAAACGCCAUUAGCGCUUGCUGCAUGCACCAACCAACCAGAUGUGGUACAACUGUUGAUGGAGAACAGCCAGACCAAUGUUACCAUCCAGGACUCUCUGGGGAACACUGUGCUUCAUGCACUAGUGACUGUAGCAGAGAAUUCAGAAGCACAGAAUGCCUUCAUCAUACGAAUGUAUGAUACAAUCCUACGAACAUGCAAAAACAAGUCUUUGGAAAGUAUUGAAAAUAACGAAGGACUAACUCCAAUGCAACUAGCAGCUAAGACUGGCAAAACUGAGAUACUACAUUACAUACUGAGUCGAGAGAUAAAAGAAAAGGAAAACAGGGUUCUGUCCCGAAAGUUCACAGACUGGGCCUAUGGACCGGUUUCAUCUUGUCUGUAUGACCUUAAAGAUGUGGACACCUGCUCUCAUAAUUCCUUAUUGGAAAUUGUGGUUUACAACACCAACAUCAAUAACCGUCAUGAAUUGUUAUCUUUGGAGCCCCUCCAUACGCUGCUUCAACUAAAAUGGAAGAAGUUUGCAAGAUACAUGUUCUUAAUGUCCUUUCUUCUGUCUUUGACAUAUAAUAUUGUCCUGACAUUAAUUUCCUAUUACCGCCCACGUGGAGAACAGGCUUUGUAUCCGCUUAGUCUCUCAUAUGAUCGAGGAUGGCUGCAACUGGUCGGACAAAUGUUUAUUAUUGUUUGUGCUACCUACCUCAUGAUCAAAGAGGGUGUGGUUAUCUUCUUAGUGAAGCCUUCGGACCUACGAUAUGUCCUGUCAGAUGCUUGGUUCCAUGUAUUAUUUUUCAUACAGGCAGUGCUGGUUGUCUUGUCUGUUUUCUGUUACCUUUUUGGAGUCAAAGAAUAUCUAGCCUUCCUUGUGUUAGCCAUGGCGCUAGGAUGGGCAAAUAUGUUGUAUUACACAAGAGGAUUUCAAUCAUUGGGAAUUUACAGUGUAAUGAUCCAGAAGGUCAUCAUGAACGAUGUUCUGAAGUUCUUAUUUGUGUACAUCUUAUUCUUGUUUGGGUUUGGAGUAGCUCUUGCCUCGUUGAUUGAAAACUGCACAGAUGGUGAUGAAUGCAGCGCAUACAAGAGUUUCAGCACAGCCAUAGUGGAACUGUUUAAGCUCACUAUUGGACUAGGAGACCUGGAGAUACAGCAUGACUCUAAAUACCCAGUCCUGUUCCUCCUGCUUCUUAUUGCCUAUGUCAUUCUAACAUUUGUCCUUCUGCUAAAUAUGCUGAUUGCAUUGAUGGGAGAAACUGUUGAAAAGGUUUCAAAAGAAAGUGAGCACAUAUGGAGAUUGCAGAGAGCACGGACUAUACUGGAGUUUGAGAAGAAUUUACCAAUGUGGCUAAAAGCUAAAUUUCAGCUUGGAGAGUCCUGCACUGUCUCCAAAAAUGACAACAGAGCCUGUUUAAGGAUAAACGAGGUGAAAUGGACUGAAUGGCACAAUCAUGUCACCUGUAUAAAUGAAGAACCUGGUUUUGAAAUGUUUCCUGGAAUCAGCUACGCCAAUUUGAAUACUGAAGAUGAACAUGACAGUUAUGAUAAUGACCAACCAGUUACCAUUGAAUUGAGAGAUAUGAUGGAGCCAAGUAUAGAGACUACAGUUUAAUGUCUGGGACGGUGGCAUGUUAAUAGAUACAUCUGCCAUUUACAGUAUAUUAAAUUCAGAUUAUUUAUUAAGACAAUGCAAUAGGCGAUGAUAAUAUGCAAGUCCAUAGACAUCAGUUUACUGUAGUCCGGUUAGUAAAUGAUUCAUUUCAAAUGGGUGCUAUGAACACUUUGGAAAAACCUUUUUGUAUAGUAAUGUUACCUCGACAAUAUAACACAAGCCCCAUUUUCACCAGUGCCAGCAACAUUUAUAUUACUGAUGAUGGUAACUCCUUAAAGAGGGACAUAGACACAUAUUUUAAAGCCCAAAUGAUCUUGCAGUUAAAAUGAGCUAAAUACAUCCUAGGCGUAUCAAAACAAAAAGGUAUGCAAGUCUUCCAGUUUGAUUUACUUAAAAACCAGCUACAGCCUUAGUGGAAAAGUCUGUACCCUGUCAGCAUGCCACAGAGUGGGUCCAUUGUUCUCUGUGGGUAAGCAGUAGUCUCUUUGCAGAGGUCUGACGGCACCCCCUGCUGAGGCACAGCCAGAGCUCUCCAGUCAGCAGGCAGUAUGAGCUUUACUUAUUGCAGGGUCAUAGGUUUGACUCCAUAGAGGGGGUAUUGGACCUUUGCCCUUCUUCCUGCAGAGAGUAAGGGUCAAACUCUGCAGCUACUCUGGUUUGUAGCAGUUUUAGAAAAAAGGAAACUGUAAGACAUUGUAUCCCUUUUGUUUUGGCAAUUAAUUUAGCCGAUUUAAAUGAAAGACCCAAUCAGGCUUUAAACUAUCAGUAGCAAACUUGGAUAACUAAUGGCACCGUGUAUACUGUGAAACUACAUUUUCCAGCAUUGGCUGGGUAUUUUGGAGAGCCACUAGUUGUCUUUGUAUGCACAAUGGUCCUCAGCCUUUAACAGCUUGCAGGGCACAAUUAGAAAGGAAGAAAAGAGUAUUGCGAGCCACAUUAAAAGUAGGAGAUUGUAAUACCAUUGGCUUAGAACCUCCGAUACCACUAUGAGCAAACUGUGAUGGUUCAUGUUGGGGCUCUGCAGUUCCUAAUGCACUAGGACUUGUAGGUCCGUUUGAAAAAAAAAA